AUGAAGACGCGCACGGCGCUCGAUUUCGUGUCGCGCAAGCGCGCCGACACCUUUCGCGCCGACGAUCGCGUCCCGUUCGAGUCCCAACGCCACGCCACCGGUUCUCGAGCUCGACGGUACGUCGAGCUCGUUUUCGCCAAGUCCGACACCUCGUUCGAGCGCUUGCUCGCGCUUUUCGCCGAGCACGGGAUUCACCACGUCUUCGUCCUGCGCGCCGACGACGUCCAGCAGCGCGAGUUUCGCGUGCUCACGCCCUCGGACCUCAUUGACGCCCUCGCGACGCGUUAG